AUGCUGGCAGCAAUAGCGGCCGUGAUAGCAAAUCAGAGGAGGAUAGCGAUGCCGACAGCGGCAGCGGCCCUGCUAGCCAAGCCGAUGAGGCCGGAGACGACACCAGCAGCAGUGGUGGCGAUUCUUCUAGCCAACCUGGAGAGGCCGGUGAUGGUGACAGCAGCGAUGGCUCUGCUAGCCAACCCGGGGAGGCCGGUGACAACGGGGAUCUUGAUCUACGAUGCCAGGGCCACGGUCGACCUCGGGUGGAGCUAUUGGCCAUACAUGCUGAUCUUCAUGUCAAAGGCACGGAAAUCGUCGUCUUUGACGGCAGGCGAGGCCAGAUCAUCUAUAGGAAGGAGGAAGGAGAAGAGGAGACAGAACAGCAGCAGUGGCGAUGCCGGUGGUCUCAUCCAAUGGGAAUGGGACUGUUAUGACCCCAAGUACGCCGCCCAAGUCGACCAACUACCCGUGAGCCAUACCAUCUGCGCUCCGGACAUGCGCCCCGAGGUAGCUGAGGUCACCUACGUUGUGAUGUCAGAUGCCCUGGAGGCCACAGUGCAGGUCAGGCUGCGACUCAAAGAUGGGCAUAACACUGCUGGCAUUGGUGGUGAGAUCACUGCACGUAUCGACGGCUUUGAAGACAAAUACAGGAGCGUCCUCUUCAGGUGUGCAAAGGGGACGCGUCAGUGUUUCUCCCCUACCGAUGACGACUCGUGGUUCCUUCUUGAGCUGGCGAGGAAUGUGGUUGCAGUGCCAUGCGGCAGUGCGCUUCAAAUAGAGGUGAACCUCCAGAUUGAAACUGGCGAUGGCAAGAAAGUUGAAUUGAAUAAUGUUCCUCUCCGUUUCGCCAAUGGAAUUAGUUCCAGUAAAACUGACGACGGCAAUGAAGUGGAAGUGGAAGUGGAAGUCACCUGGUACCCGGAGAUCGCACGACCAAUAAGUCACCCUCCGGAGCAAAUAAUAACCAGCAAAGAGGCUCUGGAGAAAUCUAUUACUGCUCCGUCGUCGUUAGAACAAAUCAUCAGUGGUACACAGGAGGCCAAAAUGGUUUCAGGGCAUCGAAGUGUAGUGUACACCAUCGGAGACGAACUGUCGUUCACUGAAUUUAUAAUGGAUCUCCGUGGCAUCCUCGCUGACCAUCCAGACCGCGAGGAUAUCUUUGAUCGCCACCACAGAUCAAUUUUCUCCUCCACCAGAGAACACCCAGUGCUCGCCAAGCAACGUGCUGAACAGCCGACGAGGUGGAUUCACGUCAAGCUGCAAGCAGUGAAGGGAGAGCAAACGAUGUCGACAACCCUAAUCAUGCGGGACGACAACUUGUAUGUCUGUGGCUUCAUGAACCAGCAAGGAGAUUCAUUUGAGCUCAUCGAGAACCCAGAUAGAUCUGCCGAUAUACUUCCAGUUGAUGAAUACAAUCCCCAACGCCUAAGCUGGGGUGUCGGUUACGGAUCUUUACUGGACUUCGACACUGAAUGUGGUCUUGUGAGAAUACUGGAGCACGUGAAUCCGGGCCAGGACUUCGCCAGGAAUGCCGUGCACGUUCUGUCGUGCUUCCCAGCUUGGGUGGACGAUCGUAUUCCUAUGAAGUCACCCAGGUUGGCACUAGCGGGGCUGAUCCUCAUGGUCUGCGAGUCUGCAAGGAUGAAUCCAGUCUACAACUUCUUUACAAGCUCGUGGAGCAGGAGCAAGAAAGAUUACACGGUAUUUUCCGACAGGGAAUUCAACCAGGAUCUGAUGGUUGAUUACGUGUUGAAUAAAUAUGGGAGGAUGUCACGCCAGCUGCUGGCAUGGAAGAGUAGAAGAUAUGCCAACCCGCACCCCAUUUCACUGCUACGAGACAUUUACCUCGUGCUCAACUACCGUUUGGAUCCACCUCAUCAGGCCGGCGGCGCCGAGAGCAGCAGCAGCUUCAUGGACCUUUCUUGGUCGCGACAUCAGAAGGUUGACGGCGCCAAGGACCGACCUCGGGUGGAGCUGUUGGCCAUGCAUGCGGACCUUGGGGUCCUUGGCACAACCGUAAUAGUCUUCGACGGGAAACGAGGCCAUAUCAUCUAUAGGAAGAAGGAACAAGGAGAAAAGGGAACAAUGGCUGAUUUGGUGCUCACGGGACCCUGCACAAGCAUCUUGGCAUACGGGUGCUUUGCCAUCAAAAUUGACAUCCCAGGACCCUACACCAGCACUGGCGAUGGCGGUGGCGGCGGUUCCAUCAAAUGGGAAUGGGACUGCUAUGACCCAGAGUACGCCAGGGAAGUUGACAAAGGACCCAUGACUUGGACCAUAAGCUCUUCAGGCCCCGGCCGCAACGUUGAGAUCACCUAUGCGGUGAUGUCCAACGCCCUGGAGGCCACAGUGCAGGUGAAGCUGCGGAUGAAAGAUGGGAACAGCCCUUGUAGCGUCUACGGUGUUAUUACCGCUAGCAUUGGUGAUUUCAAAGGUGAGAGCAUCCUCUUCUCGCGUACAAAGGAGACGGCACAGCAUCUCUCUCCAAUGACGGACUCGCCGCAGGGCGUCAUGUAUCAGUUGGUGCGGUCCCUUGAGCUGGCCAGGAACGUGGUUGCGGUGCCAUGUGGUCAACGGCUUCACAUAGGGGUGGACCUGAGCAUUGAAACUUCCAAGAACCAAGGGGCAAGUAUUAAUCCGCGUUUCAAUAAUAUUAAUCUCACCUUCGACAACUGCAGUAGCUGGUCGAGUCAACGUCUUGAAGUGGACGGGUAUGAAGUUGAAGUGAACGUCGCCUUGUACCCUUGUGAUCAAUAUGGCCCGGGACCAUGGAAGAUGGAUACGAUCUGGCAACCUGACAUAUCCUACAUGGUUGGGAAUGAUGCAGAAGGAUUCAGUACAUUCAUCAUUGAGCUGCGUAGAUUGGUGACCGACCACCCACGCUGCAGGGAUCUCGUGGCUGAUCAUCCAGAUCUCUCAUCCACAAGUAACAACAAAGUGCUCCGCAAAGUCACUGACCGCAUCCAACCAGAAAGUUUGUUUCACAUCAAACUGGAAGCGGAAGCGGAGGAGGGCGUGGAAGAAACGUCAUCGAUAAUCUUAGUCAUGCGGAUCGUCGAGCCUUCUGCUACGAGCCUGGCUUUCGUCGGGAGCUCCCAGGAGAAUAUAGUUCAAAACUUCUACAGUGGUGGUAGAGGUAGUGUGGAAGCCAAGCGGUCACUGGUGGGCCUGAUGAUCAUGGUUUGCGAUUCAGCGGGGAUGGAACCUGUCCGCGAAGCCAUAGCAGGUGGUUGGAAUGAAGGCAGGACGGCAUUUACCGAGCAAUUCAAGUACAGAUUGAUGUGGCCAGUAAUAUCAAGAGUACUGCUGGACUGGAGGGAUCACGCCUACCAAGGAUGGCCUCAAAACAGGACGCUAGAGUCGAUGGGAUUCACGAGCCCAGAAGAUGCACUAAAACUUGUCCCCCUCGUGUUCAAUGAUCGGGAUCGGACUCGUGUUCAAUGA